AUGGUGCUCUCCAAAGACGAUCCACUGCAUCAAAUUGCGGCGCUCAAACAACUAGCAAAGCUGCUCUAUGACGGUUCGAAGACAUCGGUUCUUACUUGUCAGGCGCAAAAUGAGCUCGAUCAGCUUCUCGCCGUUCUAAGUCUUUCAGGGAAGCACUUCCUUGAAUGUCCAGAAAGUCCGGGUCCUCAGGAACAGAGGAAGUUGAAGAUCUAUCACUCUAUCCUGGUGGACCUCAAAAAACUCCAAAGAAGCACCAAAGAAGUUGAUUCGCCGGAGCUCAUCGAGGAUGUCCGGGCCUUGGUCAAUGACGUGACUUUUGGUCUUAGCAUUAUGAAUGCCCACAUGGUAGUAUCCUCGCAAAACAAGCUGAACCAAAUGUUACGGGACUAUAUUGUUCAUGUCGCAACCGGAAGACGAGAUGCAAAUAUUGUCUCCAAUCUUUUCAAGGACGGUUCGUUCUUCGAGAAAGACAAGGCAUGGAGGAAUCUACAGCAAGAGCUGCAGGGCUUUGGCAUGACACCGGAGCAGUCACACCAGGAGUACGACUUCAUCCUAAUGACUCUUCGAAAGGCAGCCCUUGAGAGUAGGCUCUUGGGUAAUCUUAUUCCAAAACCACCAGCGCCGGAGAUCCCUAUGCCUCCAUCCCCAACAACAUUCACCAAUUCGUCGAACGCGGAAAGCAGGUCUUCAUCCGAGUAUUCGAGAACCUCAAGCGAAUCCCUUGACACUGAAAGCUGGGAAAACGAUUCGUUGCCGGUCGAUGACAUACCCGUCUCCGUGGCUGUCGAAAUCGAAGUUACAAAUCGCCAGGUAGCCCGAAGGCUACCAGGGAGGGCGCUGGACGACUUCCCCGAAGCCAGGGACAUAUUCAAUCCACUCGACGGGUACGACAGUCAAAUGGUUUUCCGUCCUUCACUUAUUUCAAAACCGGAGCCAUCUUCAAUACGGAGUGGCUCUACAGACAAAACAGUCCCCAGCUUCAGCGCCAUCCCUAUGAGACUAGGAACCCGAGGCCGCUCAGCAUCUGAAGGCAACUUCAACCGAUUAUCUCUGUCCGCAAUUCCGCAGGUAGCAGUCAAACGCGGCAAGAGACCCAAUCUAAUGAGUCGAAUGAAAUUCAAAAUGACGAACAAUAAAGGCGAGUUGUGCUCAUUAGUCAAGAUCGGCGAUGUAUACGGAAUCAAAUGCGCACUCGACAAGGGCGCCAGUGCGAAUACCGAGAACCCUCUCGGGCAAACGGGCCUAAUUAUCGCGGCUGCCUUCGGUCACUAUGAUGUUGUCAUGCUCCUCAUGGACCACGGCGCCAAACUAGACGCGAUGGGGCAUGGCGGCGAGACUGCGCUUUCCGUAGCCACCUUGCGCGGAUACGGGGAUAUCGCCGAGCUGCUCCUGGAUCGCGGUGCAGAUCCCAACGCAGCGUCCGUAUUUGGGAAACCGGCCCUUUCGCAGGCUGCUGGAACCGGUAAUUUGGCUUUGACUAAGCUUUUACUGGACUUCGGUGCGGAUCCCAAUGGCAUUACUGCCUCGGGUGAGACGGCGCUCUCGUAUGCUGCUACGUGUGAUCGCUAUCAGGUCGCGCAGUUGCUGCUUCGCAGUGGCGCUUUGGUCGACAAAACUGGUCAUGCGGGUCGAACACCUCUUCUCAAAGCUGUCGGUAAAGGUAGCAGUCGUAUGGUUCAAUUAUUGAUGGAUCAUGGCGCAAAUCCUAAUCGACAGGAUAGCCGUCAGCAGACCCCGUUGAUACAGGCGAUGCAACAGGGAAAAUCCGAGAUCCUUGCCAUAUUCCUGAAGCACGGGUAUGGUCCUGACAACGGCUCUGGAUCUGCUUUAGGAAACCUGGGCACGAUGGCUGGAGAAAUUUCUCAUAGAAUGUCGUUCUUUAGUACCUAG